AUGGUCCCCUUCUACGUGGUGGAGCAUUCCCUACGAUCCUGCCUCUGCGUCCACUGCUACAGGGCCAAACUCAUCACGGUUGCCCCGUGCCAACUGUGGUCAACCCUAUCACAGAAUGUGGCGUCCUGCAGCAGCGGAGGUGGCGGUGAUGCUGUAGCUCGUAGACUUUGUAGUCCACCACAGAGGUUACACUGCUGUCACCGCUCUAUCACAGAGGUUGGUCUACACUGCUGUGAGAUCGGUAGGCCCGAGCGAGCUCUGGAAAGAGAAAUGUAGAUAGAUUCUCUUAUCAGCUGACUCCCUGGUCAGGCUUUGAUGGGUGCUAGAUGAGAGUGAGCACAAGGGGCGAUGGCGCGCUUGUGUCUCAUCUCAACAACAAAACAAAAACAAGAAACAAGCAGCAAAAACACAGCAGGUUCCGAGGGUCUCCGGAGUAAUGGCCCGAGUACCGGAAUUUCGGGGUUCGGAACAAUAAAACAACUACAGUCUCGCCUGCCAAAUUAUCUCCGCUACAACUCUGUGCUCAUGUUCUCUGCUGAGUACCAUCUCUUCUUUCUGUAUUAUGUCUACGGAAGGCUAGUUGCCGCAGUCGCACCUAUGGUAAACUGUGCCUGACUACGUUGUAACAGUUUUCCUCGACACGACCCCUCGAUUAGGCAAGUAGCCGAUGUUCCAAACAACCUUCACUUCGCUGCCAUUCUUGCGACCCCUCGAUUCCCAAUCCAUAUCAAAGAAUAUCGACCUCCACAUGACUGAAUCCAUCCUGUGAGCAAUACACGCGUCCAAAACAUUCAACCAUACUAUGCGAUCUUGUGCUUAAUAUCUUCUAGCACUUGUAGUCCUUGAUGAGUUGCAUGAUGGUGGCGAAUCGCUGCUUCGGGAGAUGUUUCGUCGCGAUGUCCGCCAACAUCGUGGCACUAGGUUGGUGGUGAAGAGUGAUCCGGUGCCCCUUCGUGAGUUCCCGGAGGAAGAAGAACCGGAGCGCGAUGUGCUUGGUUCUAGAGCUGAACAUCGCGUUGCUGGCCACAGUCAAUGCUCCGGUGCUGUCGCUGUUGAUGGGUACCGAUCGAAAGGUCUUGAAUCCGAUUUCCGUCAUGAAGUUGGAGAUGUAGACUGCCUCGCGAGCACUGAAGCUCAGCGCUUGAAGUUUGGCCUCCACGGUGUUCUGUGCUGCGAGAGUCUGUGCCUUGGCUCCGUAGCUGAUCAGUCCCCCUCCUAGGAAGAACAGGUAUCCGGUGGUAGACCUGCCGUUGUCUGGGUUGGCUCCAAAUGACGAGUCAGUGAAGCACGAGAGUCUGAACUGCCCCUUCUUGUACACGAUCGGCAGGUCCGGCGUUCCGCGUAGGUACCGUAGUAGGUGCUUGGCCGCAGCCAUGUGGACCUGUGCUGGGUUUGCGCAUGCCCGUGUCAGUUGGUGCACUGCGUAUGACAGAUCGUAGCGGGUGCAUUGGGCAAGGUACAGGAGACUCCCGGUGAUGGCCUGGAAUCUCUGCUUGUCCUCGGGUCCGAGUAGUUGGUCUUGUGGCUGCUCGGUUGAUAGUUCUGCUCCAUACCCGGGGGUGCUGACCGGGUUUGCCUGUUCCAUUCCGUAUCGCUUGUCGUGUCCUGCGAUGUCCUGGAUGGUGUCGUAGUCCGCGAGUUGUUGUUGCUGUCAGCUCCCCCAGCAGCAAAGUAGUUGUCGGAAUCAAUGCCCGCGUUGUUUUGGCGAAGUUCUGCUCGGUGGAUGUUGUCUUGCUGCAUGUU